AUGCCUAAUCACUCUGAGCAGCCUCAACUAUUACUUCUUGAGCCGAAAACGGAAAACUAUGGUUUUGGGAGAAGUGCAAUGCAGAAUUUGCCUCAAAAUCGUGUUGGUCCGUCGAGGAUUCCGACAAGCGUGCACGCGACGAUUUCGACGAUUGGAUUGGAUGAAACGGAGCGGAGAAAUCUGCAAACAACCGCUGUGACGACGCCGGCUUUAAAAUUGGAGGGAAUUGAUGUGAAAACGGAGUGCUUGCCCUCGCCAAGUCCGUCGAAGAGCCCCGAUGAUCAACCCGUCGAGAAUGUUCAACCUCAAAUCGAGGUGAUCCCAUGCAAGGUGUGCGGCGAUAAAUCCUCUGGUGUCCACUAUGGAGUGAUCACGUGCGAGGGAUGCAAGGGUUUCUUCCGACGAAGUCAAUCCAGUGUCGUCAACUACAAUUGUCCGCGACAGAAAAAUUGCAUCAUCGAUCGAUCGAAUCGAAAUCGCUGUCAAUACUGUCGCCUGCGAAAGUGUCUUGACUUGGGAAUGUCGCGAGAUGCGGUGAAAUUUGGUCGAAUGUCAAAGAAGCAAAGGGAGAAGGUGGAAGAUGAGGUUCGCCUGCACAAGCAAAUGGCCGAGGCGCAUGGCGCGUACGCGUACGCGACCGGUGGCGACUACUCGCCACCCACACAAAAUCAGCCAUACACCUAUGAGGCUGCUGGUGUUUACCCUCAUUACGGUGCCUACUCGAAUCACCAGGUGGCCGUGGCUCCAGUCAGCUAUCCAGCUCAUCCCACCUAUGGAGUCGCUCCUCAAGGUGCCGUUCCAGCGGCGAACGGCGGUCAUCCAUCGCCGCCUGAUCCCACAAAUGCCUUCUCGAAUUUCGGCGAUGAUUCGAUUGUGGCUGUGACAGCCGCCUUCGAACAGGUUCAACUUGGACUUCGGCCGCUUCACGCGAGUCUUCCAGUCGACUUUCAACUGCAACAAUUGGAUCGAUUGACGGCCUGGCGACGUUUCGCCGACGAUUUGACGCAAAUUCUGCAAAAAGUGAUCGAUCUCGUCAAAACAGUGCCCGGAUUCGUUCGACAGAACCAAGAUAGACAAAUUGUUCUUUUGAAAGGUGCUGUGUUCGAGCUCGUUCUCGUCAUGAUUGCACCGUGCUACAAUUCGACGACAGAAACUCUGUGCUUGGAUAUGGUGUCAGUCUCGAGACAUCUUUUCUCAAAUACCACUAAUGAUGAGACGAUUUUCAUCGACACCUUGCAAAGCGCUCUGCAAGAGCUCUCCUUGUGCAAUUUGAAUACCACCGAAUUGGCGAUGCUGUCGGUGGUGCUGCUUUUGGAGAGUGAACCAGCCGAAGAGCAUACAGUGAAUCAAUACAAAGCAAAUCUCUCCAAUUCACUCCUCGAGCGCAACCAGGGAGCCACCGUCGAUCGUGUGUGGAGUUGCGUGAAUCUGAUGCGUCAAUGCGGUCAACGACAUCUUCUUUUGCUUCGUCAUUUGCGUGCGACUCUUCUCCCUCCGAAUAUCCAAAUCUUGCCUCCCCUUUACAACGAGUUGUUCACUGAU